GGAGACUGCCCAGUGUUAGCAAGCAUGCAGGUCAGAGCCACCCAAGCUGCUGAAAACUGUCGUGACCCUCACAAAAUUGCAGCAAAAGCGUUUUUGACUACUACCUGUGAUGCAAAGUCAGAUCUGGACACCAGGCUGGACAGAAUCCUCGAAAACUUCUGA